UUACGUCGCAUCCUCGGGUAACGGCUGGUGACAGAGGGCGAGGAAGACGAGGCGAAACUUUCUCAGCUACCAGUUGACGUCGGUUCGCCCUUAUGCUCGAUAACAGGCAGCAGUGUCGCAGUCUCUCUCUCUCUGUCUUUUCUUGUACUUUGACAUAAUUUCCUCGGCUUCGGCCGUCGUUUGAGUGAGACUUCACCGCCUUCCGCCCGAGGCUAACUAACGCUAAAGUCGUCCGUCACCGAGUAACGUGAGUUGAAACACGCCACAAGUUGGUUCCACUCACGAGUUCGGUAACGUAGAGACGCCGAAGGAAGAAGGAGCUAUGACCAACCGAGAAGACGAAUACGACUACCUCUUCAAGGUGGUGCUGAUUGGAGAUUCAGGGGUAGGGAAGAGUAAUCUGCUGUCCCGCUUCACCCGAAAUGAGUUCAACCUGGAGAGCAAAAGCACCAUCGGGGUGGAGUUUGCCACUCGCAGCAUCCAGGUAGAGGGCAAGACCGUCAAGGCUCAGAUCUGGGACACGGCUGGACAGGAGCGAUACCGGGCCAUCACUUCUGCGUACUACCGCGGAGCAGUUGGCGCUCUCUUGGUUUAUGACAUCGCCAAGCACUUGACGUACGAAAAUGCUGAGCGCUGGCUGAAGGAGCUGCAGGACCACGCGGACAGCAACAUAGUCAUCAUGCUAGUGGGCAACAAAAGUGAUCUACGCCACCUGAGGGCGGUGCCAACAGAGGAGGCCAAGGCCUUGGCAGAGAAGCAUGGCCUUUCUUUCCUGGAGACAUCAGCGUUGGACUCCUCUAAUGUGGAGCUGGCUUUCCAGACGAUUCUUACAGCCAUCUACAACAUCGUGUCACAGCGGCAGAUGUCAGGGCGAAGUGACUCAGACUUCUCGCCUGCUUCCAACGUAGUGCCCAUCACGGUUGAGCCCACCCAAAACUCAGCCAAUAAGGGCGUCUGCUGCCAGAGCAACUGAGGCCUUACCACUGACCUCCUCCUUCACCUCCGAGCAGUUGGAGAAACGACCAGAUAGACAGACAGAGACAGGCAGAUGGGACGGGGAGAAAGGAGAGGCAGGUACAGACUACCAUUUCACACAGAACAGUUUAUUUGUCAGUUGUCUUGUUAAGACGACGUGAUGAGAGUUUGAAGAAGGGGACCGGUAAGGGAGGGGUGGUAAAGAAGUUUAGAGAGGGUUUGCGGUGUGCGGGGAAACUCUAUCAAUGGGAGGAAAACGGGGAGAUGCCACGUACACCCGGUGCUUUAGGCAUUUAAAAAAAGAGGGAUACGAUCAGAACCGAUUCAUAAUCUAAUGAAAAAUGUAUUUUGUUGUUUUUUUGUAUCUCAUCAUGGUUUCUGUCUUUCAAAACUGUCCUUAUUUUUUUGAAAGCUCUAUUUCUGCCAGUUUCUCAUUUCCCCAUCACCAAUAUAUUGGGCAAUAAAAAUCCACAUCCAAAAGACUGACCUGCUACCCUUCUGUCGCCGCAGUCAUUCCUAUUUUCACUUAAAUGUAUAUUAUUUAGUAAAAUAAUGUCUCGUACAUUAUUUAUUGAACACUAGAUUAAGGUCUUUUCCAGCUAAACUAUUUUUAACACUAUUUGGUUUAGAUCUUCCCCACUGAUGGCUUUGCAGAGGAGAAAGAUCUCUUGAAUUUCGAUGCCCACAAUCAUAUCCCCGUUUGAGGGAGCAACUCUAUCUCACUGACGCAUUAACGAGGAUUUCAAGUUGUCCUCUUCCUUCUUUUUUCCUAAAUGCUAAUGCUGGAAUUUGGUCAAAGUCGGUUGUGUUCCACUCGAGAGCAACAACAUCCCUCCCCACCGGCUUACAUGUCAUUUCUUUCUGAAGGCUUCCCUGCCCCUGCACACUCUGGGCUCUACAGAUGAGUCAUGCUCUUGCAGCUAUCCCGUCUCAUUUAGAGUUAACGGCGCGCAAAGCUUGCGCCGCUAGUGAGCGCGUUAAACGCCUCACAAGUCAGUGGGACGGCAGCAUCGGCUCUCCUGACGGCUGUUUCAGUGCCCCCCACCCCCCUGAGCUUUUGGAGGGAGUGGGAGGGUUUGGGGAAUAGGUUUGAGUGCACGGACAACCCUACGCUGCUGCUGCUGCUGCUGCCUGCUUGCUGGGGAUAGAUGGUUGGAUACUGUUUCAGGGGAUGAGUUAGUGAGGGCACUCAGCCCUGCCCUGCUGCUGUGGUCUCUGGUGCAGCCGAGACGGCUUGUUUUACUGUAAGUGAAAUCCUCCACUGCCUGCUACCUGCUCCUCCUCUCUGUCUCUCCACACUGUAUGUAACUGGAACAGGACUCUGCCUUCUGGGAUCUCCCUGAGGUCUGCCCUCGCGCUCACUUGUCUUUAUUUCCUGUGGAGGGUGCGGGGGUUGUAUUCGGGGAACCAGGAUGGGGUUUGUUCGUAUCUAAUAGUUUAAUAGAUCGAGGGAAAAGGAGAAGGGAGGGUUAGCGUUAGGAGGGGCUUAAUUAAAUCCAAAGGUUAUGCACACAGAUGGUGUUUAUCCUGGUUAUGUGUUUGUCCACAUAAACACCAACUUCUGUUGACUUCACAGGUCUUAAACUGGGUGGUGAGGGUUAGGGCUUUUUAAACAUUUAUUCUAAUAUAUGUAUAUUUGGACUGCAUAUGUAUAAAUAAAUCUUAUUUGUUAUAGCCCGA